AUGGUUUUUGGGAAAAACAGCUCGCCCACGAUAAGUGAACUGAUCACACCACAACUUACCCUGGCCUGUCCGCGUUCUCCGCUUGGCUCUUUUUGCCCAAUCAUAAGAUUGAUGAAAACUACUCAGAGCAGGUCGAGCAAUGAAUCUGCAACGAAGUAUGAAAGCUAUUACCAGCAAACUCACCUGCGUCGCUCAUUGCCGUCCCCCUUAACGCAGGCUCCGAGACGGAGCGUAUCAGUGGUUAGGGACGUUUUCAGACAUGGCCCACUCGCGACUUCAAUGAGUCUACUGACACCUCUGUAUUUACGCAUCAUUUGUAUCAGCUACCACCUCCAAUGCGCAACGUCUACCACAUUUCCCCAAAUAAUCGGUGAAAGAAACUGUGGGAGUUGUAACCACUGUAUGACAAGCAUGCGGUUCAUCCAGCUGAUGGCUAUUAUUAUGAUGACGGCGACGGGAGAUGCUACCAUACCAUCCAAAGGAAGCACGAGGGCUGGGAUACUGCCAGGUCACCCAAGCCUAGACAAAAGUCGAGAAACAGAGUUCGCGUUCCAACCAGUUCCGGCCACGGUCGUAUUUUUCAAUCUGUUGCAGUUGCCUUCGCCACUCUCGCUUAUGUGGGUGGUAGUCAUCCUUAUCCAUUUAGUAUGUCGUGCGUACGCGGUGGAAGCUGGUGAAGAUGAGGCCAUUCGCCUUAUUUCUAUCAAUGGAGAUCUACGCUUGCAUGAUAUUGAAUUCCUCGAAAUGCAAUCUAGUAUCCUCGCUCGCCGCGCACAGAUUGAACAGACAACAGGAACCCUGCUGGAACUGAUUAAUCGAAAACAGGUGUCACGGUCGAAGGUCUAUUCCUCGGGUCCGAUAAGUUAUGGACAACGCGGGGCAUCAGACUGGAGUUACGAAGCUUACUUAGUUACGGAUUCAUUAUACUUUGCAAUCAAUCAGAUCGAUGCUGCAAUAAAACUGAGCCCAUCUGUUUUGGCGUACAGAGAACAUCGUUUGAUGGUCAGUAUUCACUAUUACCGAAAUUCGCGGGAGAGGUGGCUCAGAUGGUUAGAGCGCGAAGUUACUGACCGGAAGGUCCGUGGUUCGAACCCGACCUCUGCCUCUCGACUUCCCAUGUCUAGGCUUGGGCAACCUAGCAGCAUCCCAGCCCUCGUGCUUCCUUCGGGUAGCAUAGCAGCUAGGCACCGGAAGGGUACCAUCUUCUUCUAUGAAGCCAACUCAUUUACCACGCUUUACGAACCUUUACACAUGUUUGUUUCGUUAGGUACACAGUUAUCUACCACCUGGUUUGGAAUUUUGCAUGUGACACGGCGCCACAAGGCUCACUCAAGCACUGGAUAUCAGACCGAACAGUGGCACUGCUUAAAUUUCGGAGGAAUAUCUCCGCCAGUCCCGAACAUAACUUCUCCUGACGAACUAUCAGACCUUCUUCUACGUGUUCAACGCAGCAAGGCAACGUUAGACGAUGCGAGCUGGAUUCGCAAGAAGGCGGAACACCAUUUGAAGGACAUUUAUUGUAGUUACUGUGCGAGGAAUCGUGUCCGAAAACCGGUUGGCUUGGUAUCUUGGAGACCGUGGUUUGUUCUUGGUCUAUUCGAUUUGAUCAGUCUGAAUGGCACCCAAGCCGAACGGGACUUCACGAUAGCCCUGGAUCUCGCUUCCGAAGUUGGGUCUGGCGGGGGUUUUCCAAUAUCAGAUUCGGUGUCUCACAUGUUGAGACAUUUGAAGGCGAUUGCACAACACCACAAUAACGAGUUUCAAAUGGCUCAGUGGCUAGAGCACGAAUUUACCGACCGGAAGGUCCGUGGUUCGAACCCGACCUCUGUUUCUCCACUUCUGGUGUCUAGGCUUGGGCAACCUGGCAGUAUCCGAGCCCUUCGUGCUACCUCGGGUGGUAUAGAAGCUAGGCACCGAAAGGGUGUUACAGCUGCAUUGCUCAACAUAAAUCUUCUUCUACGUGUUCAACGCAGCAAGGCAACGUUAGACGAUGCGAGCUGGAUUCGCAAGAAGGCGGAACACCAUUUGAAGGACAUUUAUUGUAGUUACUGUGCGAGGAAUCGUGUCCGAAAACCGGUUGGCUUGGUAUCUUGGAGACCGUGGUUUGUUCUUGGUCUAUUCGAUUUGAUCAGUCUGAAUGGCACCCAAGCCGAACGGGACUUCACGAUAGCCCUGGAUCUCGCUUCCGAAGUUGGGUCUGGCGGGGGUUUUCCAAUAUCAGAUUCGGUGUCUCACAUGUUGAGACAUUUGAAGGCGAUUGCACAACACCACAAUAACGAGUUUCAAAUGGCUCAGUGGCUAGAGCACGAAUUUACCGACCGGAAGGUCCGUGGUUCGAACCCGACCUCUGUUUCUCGACUUCCGGUGUCUAGGCUUGGGCAACCUGGCAGUAUCCGAGCCCUCGUGCUACCUUCGGGUGGUAUAGAAGCUAGGCACCGAAAGGGUGUUACAGCUGCAUUGCUCAACAUAAAUGUUGUUGCUUUACAGGGCAGUGGCGGAUGA